UGGGCCUCUUUUGAGAGUAAUGAGAGGGAGGUUACACCACAGUUACUGGAAGCUAGUGGAAGUGCCUCGGGAGAGCUGAUUGAGGGUGGUGGUGACAGCACUGUCGGUGGAAGUGCCUCGGUGUUGGAGCAACAACCUGGACGCAGGUAG